UUACUGGAUGACCGCCGAGAAUUGGAAUUUUUUACUUCUAACCCGUUCAGAGCUUCCCGUUUCUCGAAUCUUCGGACAAUUAACAAAACCUAAUGCUGCAACAGCACCAUCAACAGCAUCAACACCACCUUCAGACCGCGGUCACCGCGGCACCGCCUCCGCCGGCAGCGUCGUCAACACCUUCGUCAUCAACCACCGGGGAGGCGCCGCCGAAGCAGGUGGCUCUAGCGAUGGAUAGACUAGGACACGCUGCAAGACUCAUCGCCGAUAUUCGUCUAGGUGCCGAUCGACUUCUGGAAGCCCUAUUUGUCGCCGCGCAGCCGCAUCAAAGCUCCAAACCUCUUCACUUGUUUCGCCAAGAAGACGAAUCCAUGCGCCAACACCUCCAAGACCUACGCACCGUCGGAAGGCAGCUGGAGGAAUCUGGAGUGUUAAACGAGUCACUUAGGUCAAGGAGUAAUUCUUGGGGUUUGCAUAUGCCGUUAGUGUGUCCUGACGGCGCCGUGGUGGCUUAUGCUUGGAAACGACAGCUUGCUGGCCAGGCUGGUGCAUCUGCUGUUGACAGGACGAGGCUUGCUCUCAAAGCCUUCACAGACCAGAAAAGGCGAUUUUUUCCUCACCUUGAUGAUGAAGAGGAUGGUCAGGGUACUGACUCUGUGUCAAAGAAACGCCGCAAUUUGCAAGCUCUGGCUGAAGAUAAUCAAGAUAAUCUUAGCAAUUGCAAAACACUAUCUGAUGUUUUGACUAGUUUGGAGAAAGACAUGCCAAAUCUGAAAGUUUUGACCUAUGAGCGACUGGAUUGGUUGAAAAGAGCUUCUUCAUUGCCUGCUUCAGCAAUUGAUAAUACCAUGGAAGCACCAAAACAUAAUUUUCACAGCUCAAGUAUACUUAGACCAGCACCCCAGAAUGUUGUUGCUAUGGAUAAGAUUGCUGUAAUCGAGCUGUUCUUUCCUUCUGUCUUCAGAGCUGUAGUCUCAUUACAUCCUGCUGGUUCAACUGAUCCUGAUUCAGUGGCAUUCUUUUCUCCGGAUGAGGGCGGCAGCUACAUACAUGCUAGAGGCUAUUCGGUCUACCAUGUAUUUAGACAGAUUACGGAGCAUGCUACUGUCGCCCUCCAGUAUUUCCUUGGAAUCAGAAGUGAAACAGCAUUGCAUUUUCUUUUGCACUGGAUUUGCAGCUAUCAGACUUUAUUUACCAAAGUCUGCAGCAAAUGUGGACGGCUACUGGCAAUGGACAGGCAAUCAGCUUUGCUCUUACCACCUGUCCAUCGUCCUUAUCAAACCUUUUCUGCUUCAAAAAUAUCAACUCAAUCCAUUUCCUCAACAGGAGACCAAAGUUGUAAUGCCCCUGCUGCUUAUCAUAUUGGUUGCUUCACAGAGGACUUAUAGUUCAUUCUAGUUUCUGUUAGCCAAGUUGUUGUAGCUGAGCUAGGAAAUAGAAAAAUUGAAAUUGAUACUAGUGACGAAACAGGUUGUCAAAGUUACCUAUUGUAGGGCAAUAGUUCUUUUUUCGUUCUUCCUUUCCUCCUCCCCCCUUCAUCCAUCUAUCUUCAGCUAGUGAACUCCAGAAAGUGUGUUCUUUGUAUCAUCCAGUCUUGGUGGUGUGUUAAUAUUUUUAACAAACGACUGUUCUUGCUUAAAUCCUUCAUUUGCAGUCAUAUACUGUAAUAUUCUGAUGGAAAAGGGAAAAGUUGUUGCACCAUGAAAAUUACCCCUCAAAUAAAUGGUUAAAAAAGCUUGAUUUAAAUGGGUUGUAACUUUCAGAAGUUUUCAUCAUCAUCAUCAUCAUGAUCAUCAUCGUAAUGUUGUGCUGUUACCUUCCUUGACUAAUUCCAGCAUCAUCGUAAUGCAUGCACGACCUUCAUCACACAUCUUAGAUAGUCAUUAUCUCGUUGAUAACAGGCAAUAAAAAAAAGGGACAAUUGUACUUGUCGAUGCCUAACACCAUUAUUAGGGGUAUGAUCGAAACUCAACGCAUUUUCUUACAUCAUUUACCACUUCCCUUUAUCCAAAGAAAAGUAGUAGUACUAUUAAAAUCUCAAUAAAUCAACCGAAUAAUAACCAAUUGGCAAAGCCAUCCAAAAAUUACAGGAAAUUAAAGGGCCAAGCAUGUGUGGAGCUGUGCAACUCUAUCAUUGGAAGUUAACCAGGUAACCCACACGUCAUGUUGGUGUUGGUUGUUUCAUAGUAAUAAUUG